AUGUCGGAUGAUGAGGGCGUGACGGCGAAGUCGAAACGACACAGUGCUUUGCUCAGCGACGAGGACCCGAUGUUGCCGGUGUGGUCAGGCGACCAGAAGGAGGACCAUCGGUACAGUCCGUAUCGAAAAGUGACAACCCGGCGCUCGAGCAUGUUCUCCGGUGAGCUUUCGUUAGAAGCUGAGUCAACAGCGAACAAUAAUUUAGCGCAUUUCCCAUCGCAGACGGCACUGUCGCCGCUUUCGUCACCGUCGCGGCUCACUGACCCCGUAAAAGCUCUUCCGACACAUUCUGAUGUUGAGCCAAUGCUCUCUGGGAUCACGGAUAACAGCUUCUCCGAUGCUCAGACCCAUGGACAAUCGCCAGUGCCGAGACAACGCGGACGCCCGGUAAAAAUCACCAGCCACUCGAAGCAGGCCAUGUACGCACGUGCCUAUCGUGCCAGGCACAAGGAGCAGAUGCUGGCCUAUGAGCGACGCAUUGCUGCGCAGGAGAAACUCAUCAAAGAGCUGACCGAGGAAUGCGAGGCACUGCGCCGAACGCUGCACUUCCUCAGCGAGGAUUUCCGAAAUGUGAAGGAGCUGAUCUUGUCCGAUCAGGCCUUCUCCCACUCAAACCGAGCACUCAUCAACUGUCUUCUCGGUGAUAACGCGUCCAAAGCGACCAAAGAUCAUCCUCCCAAUAGUGUGUUGCACUAA